AUUCAAUCGCAUCAUCCUAUUACAAUUGAUAUACUGUAAUUAUUUAUGGAGUCCAUCUCCAACCACAAGCGCAGAGGGUGGUCCAUUAAGGCGAAGCUGAUGCCAUUCUACCGCACGCAGCCAAAGUCUGCCACUCCUCCAGCAGUUCCCUACAGCAGUAAGGUGGUGAAGCCUAACCAGACGAAAAAUGCCUUUUUGGUCCAACAGGAUCACUAUAUGCAGAUUUCCCCGGCGAAGCAGAAAGCUGUGUCUAAUUUCAUUGUGCCGACCACCGAUGCUAACCUGGACAAGUUCGACAAGUUGUUUGGUGGUGGCACUGGCGAUGAAAGUGUGGAUACCAGAGCCGACACUUACAUCUCUUACGUUCAAGAGCGUUUCAAGCUUGAACGGAUCAACUCUGAGUGAAUGAAUAAGUGAGAAUAAGUGAGAAUAAGUGAGGCUCCAUUAGGGGGAAGACGUGUAUUUCAAUAUCUAUUAUCUUUUAAUGCAACUGAUUCAACUGCUUAUCAAAUUAAAGAUCAUUAUGCCCG